AUGGCACUAAUACUCACGCAACCCAACCACGUGAUGUACCUACCCCUAUCGCAACAUCUCUCCGCCAAAGCCUCCCUUGAUUUUAGCACCGUGCCGGAAUUGUACACUUUUCUGCACAGCUCUGACGUCACCUACAAAGAACGCAGAAUGUUUAUUUUGGAGCUUCUAAAGGACGGUUUGAGAACUGAUAAGGAUUUUGGGGAUUUUUCUAAGUCGAUGGCUUUCAAAUUGUUUUCUGAGUUGUAUGCGAGUGCUGCGUCGGAUUUGGAGACCAAAAUGGCGAUUUUGGAUGUGGUGGAGACUAGUUGCGGGUGCUCAGUGGGGGUUAAAAAGUUGUGCGAGAAUCAUUCACUCUUAGCGCAAUUGUGUGGUUAUGUUCGGGAGUCUAAAGACGAAAAAAAUCGUUCGCUUUUGGAAAAAAUCCUGAGGAUUGUCCUCAAAAUUUCCCGAACCACAGUUGAUAAACAUGCCGAGAGGAGAGAGGAGAGAGAGGAGAGAGAGGAGAGAGAGGAGAGAGAGGAGAGAGAGGAGAGAGGAGAGAGGAGAGAGGAGAGAGGAGAGAGGAGAGAGGAGAGAGGAGAGAGAGGAGAGAGAGGAGAGAGAGGAGAGAGAGGAGAGAGAGAGGAGAGAGAGGAGAGAGAGGAGAGAGAGGAGAGAGAGGAGAGAGAGGAGAGAGAGGAGAGAGAGGAGAGAGAGGAGAGAGAGGAGAGAGAGGAGAGAGAGGAGAGAGAGGAGAGAGAGGAGAGAGAGGAGAGAGAGGAGAGAGAGGAGAGAGAGGAGAGAGAGGAGAGAGAGGAGAGAGAGGAGAGAGAGGAGAGAGAGGAGGAGAGGAGAGGAGGAGAGAGAGGAGAGAGAGGAGAGAGAGGAGAGAGAGGAGAAAGGAGAGAGGUAGAGAAGAGAGAGGAGGACACGUCUCGUGGAUGUCUAUCGAUAUCAUCAGUGCAUCAUUAA